AUGAUAUUGUGGAGCAUAGGACAUUCGUAUGUCCGGAAAGCAAUAAAUAAUCAUUAUUUGCGUACAUUACAUGGUCGUUACGGUAUUCUUGGUAUUGUUUUCGUACUUUUUCUAAUAUACUCAACCAUCGCUGUCUUCUGUCCUCCUGUACACUCGUGGAAAGAACCUUCAUUGAACGUAGUAUUAGAUCUGUUUCCAGCAACAUUUAAAUAUUAUACAAAAAGUGAUACUCCACUACAACUCAACUGGGAGAAAAAUGAAAUUGAUUCUAUAGAGCAACUAAUUCGUGCACCCGAUAUUCAACUAUCUCAACCAUCUACGAUUUUAAAACAGCCAAUUAAACAUACCUUACUUAUUAUUUUAGAAUCCAUUCGUACUGAUGUUGUUCCACUGAGUCCCACAUUUGCUGAAACUAUAAGAACUAGAUUUCAUUCUAAUAUAACAGCAGAUGAUGUGUCUCCGUUUUUAAACUCCCUAUGGAAGAAUUCUGUUCGUACAACUGCUACAACUGUUGCAUCGUACACAUUGAAAAGCCUUAUCGGUACAUUAUGUGGUAUCUAUCCUCUGAAUGUUGAUUUCUUGGAAGAGGUCAAUUCGAAGAACAAAUUUUACGAGAUUUGUCUACCAGAUCUACUUCGACAAACUUUUCGUACAUCGAAAAAUCAAUCAUCAUUUCGUUCGGCUUUUUUUACUGCUGCUCGUGAUGAUUUCGAUCGUCAACGAGAAUUAAUCAAUCGAAUUAGAUUUGACAACAUGUACAGUGGUUUUGAUGUUGUGAAUCGAACCGAAUCAGUACCUGAUGUCGGCAUGUUUGGACCAUCAGAUUCGACAAUCUUGCCUCUACUAUGGGAUUGGAUUGAUAAUACUUUAAAUGAAGACAAAGAACGUAAUCUAAUGACCAGUUUGCUCUUGACCGGAACACAUGAACCAUUUAUUAUGCCACCUACCGAACCAAUUUAUCGUGAUUAUAUUGAAUAUAAACGUGCAAAUAAAUAUCUCAAUACAAUACGAGUAGUUGAUGAUGUUUUAAAAACUAUUAUUGACGGUUUAAAGUUGCGAGGAUUGUACAAUGAGACAUUGAUCGUCAUAGUUAGUGAUCAUGGAUACGCAUUUCGUGAUUGGGGUCAAAAAUCUCUUGCUGCAUGGAGGGUAGCAUUCGAAAGUGCUUUUUUAGUUCCACUAAUGCUGCAUAAUCCAUAUCUUGAAGCAAAACAACUAGAAGGACAAUAUACAAAUAUGGAUAUCUUGCCGACGAUUAUGGAUGUAAUGUUAUCGUCACAGGAAACUUCUCAUGAAUCCACUAAUCGUCUACUCACUGUACGUCAAGAUCAAUUCAACUCGAUCUUGUCACGAUACGAGGGAACAUCUCUUCUUCGUCUACCCGUCGAAAAAGAAAAUCAACGGUACACGUUUCAUUUAGACAACCCUGGUAAUUCCCAUGUUAUUGUCAAACAAUAUCCACGGAAACUCAUCUACGAUGUUCAUCAUGAUGACGUAUAUCUUUUCCAUCUUGGAUAUGAUCCUCAAGAAUCUAUUGAUUUAAUAUCUUUUGAUCGUCAUGAUUACACGGGUAUUUAUCCUGAUUGGCUUCAAAUUGAUCAUAGUCGAACAUCAUCACGUAGCUGGUCAGGACGAUGGAUCAGUACGAAAAAUAAUCUUUCCGAUAAUCAUAAGAAGUUUCUUCACAAAAGAUUUGGUCAAUCGAUGUCAGAUUUAAAACAAAAUGUUAGUAGAAUAUCAUUAAAAGAGAUGUUGGAUUGGGCAGAUGCGACCUUGGAACUUUCCGCUGCUUGGACUGCGCUUGUGAAAGCACGUUAUUUUUAUGGAAACAUGACUUUUUAUUCUUUGAAGCACAAUUUUCAUUGA